AACACAAACAGCACCUAACAACGCAAUGAUGACAGAACUGAGAAGUUGGACCUUUUGGCGGGCUGUUCUAGCAGAGUUGAUCGGUAUGAUCCUCUUCAUAUUCAUCGGUAUCUCCUCCGCUAUUGGGAAUACCAAUAACUCCAAGCCUGACCAGGAGGUUAAAGUAGCAUUAGCCUUUGGUCUGGCCAUCGCUACACUGGCCCAGAGUUUAGGCCACAUCAGUGGCGCCCAUCUAAACCCAGCCAUAACCCUGGGUCUGCUGGUCAGCUGCCAGGUCAGCCUGGUCAAGGCGGUGUUCUACAUCCUGGCUCAGAUGCUAGGCGCUGUAGUAGCUAGUGCCAUAGUGUAUGGAGUCAAGCCGAAAUACAUUGAUGCACUGGGAGUCAAUCACCUAAAUAAUAUAAGUCGAGGACAGGGCUUCGGCAUAGAGUUCCUGGCUACCUUCCAGCUGGUCCUGUGUGUCAUAGCUGUCACUGAUAAAAGGCGUUCGGAUGUCACAGGCUCAGCCCCCCUGGCCAUUGGCCUCUCUGUGGGUUUGGGACAUCUUGCAGCCAUCAGUUUCACCGGAUGUGGUAUCAAUCCUGCUCGCUCAUUUGGGCCAGCAGUAAUCUACAAAGACUUUGUUGACCACUGGGUGUACUGGCUGGGGCCGAUGUGUGGAGGUGUAGCAGCAGCACUUAUCUAUGACUUCCUCCUGUAUCCUACAAGAGACAACUUCACCAAGCGAAGGAAUGUCCUAGUCAAUGGGCCAGAGGAGAACGCUACCCCAGAGGAGGAGAGGCUGCUCCAGGAGGGCAGCAGCAGCCCUGGACCCACUCAGUGGCCCAAACGGGACAAGUAACUCAUACAUAACCAACCAAAUGCCUGAACUUAAAGGGAGUAAAAUAUAACAAUGUUUAUUUAGUAAAAAAAAAAAAAAGUGUGCAGUCUAUGCUAGCUGCUAAAAUACAUACACAUAGAAUGACUAAAUUAUAUUUAAAUGACUCAAUUAUAUUUUAAUGGUCAUUCCUUUAAAGUGUCAGUUUGAGUUCCACCAUUAGGUCUAUUGUUGUGGUAGCAGAAAUGUUUGUCUUCUGUUGGUGGUUUUGUCUUUGAUACAUCUUAUCCCCAAUACUAUUUGUUUUAUUUGUUUGUAUAGAAACAAAAAUGAUGUUUUACUCAUGCUUUUACUACACAUGAUAAACUAGAUUAUUCAAAUCUUUAAUGGCUGAAAGCAGUUAUUUUUACUGUUGGAAACAGGUUCAUAAGAGCAAUGUGGCACCACUAGAGCUUGCUGUAUAUUGAUAUUAUGGCAAGGGAUUCUAUCCAGACUCUCCACAAGAGUUACAAUUUACAAUUACAAAUACUCAAAAAACUGAGAAUGCAAAUCAAAUACAGGCAAAAAUGUAUCAAAAAUGUCUGCUGUAUUUUUUACGUAAAAUAUAACUGCAAGGACGCCACUUAACUUGAACAAUAAUAUUGUUAAAGGUAACCAUUGUUUUUAACUUGCUAUAAUGUGGUUGUUUGAAGUUUUGUA